AUGGCACAGAAGGGUUUGAAGGGGAAGUCCCGCGGAAAGAGCGACGGGGCCCUGCGCAAGUACGUUGGAGAUUCCAAGAAGAAGACAGUCCACAGCAAGCGGCGGAAUACGGUCGAGGCGAAGGCGCGGGCAAACUAUGUUUCUGCCGUUGAGUCGCACAUGGCCUCUCGCGUGCCGUCCGACCAGCGUGGGCGUCUCACCGUCGUGAAGCCUACUGCUGGACAGACGAAGCUGAGCGGCAAGAAGAAAAACAUGAAGAAGCCGCUGACGAGGGGACGCAAGCGCAAGUCCGCCAAGAAGGCGUAA